CAGUCGAGUGAUGAUCGUUGAUUCAAUAUGUGUGAGUUGAGGAUUAUAAUAUUAAGCGUCGUCUUUAGUGUGGAUCGUGUGUUAAAAUUUUGAUUUUGAAAAUUUUCGAAUGAAAGCUCCUCAAGGAGCACAAGUGUUUUAAAGGUGAUGCCUGGGCAUCUUAAUAAACUUUUUAACACCACGAUGGGUAAUAUGAAGUCCACGAAAAAAAAUUCGGCAACCAAUCAAAUGCCAAAAAAAAGUUCAAAAUCGGAUAUACGAACAAAUAACGGCUCUGAUAAUAGGGAUCUUCCAAUUGAAGAUCCCGAAAUCAGCAAACUGAAGAAAAAUAUUAAAAAUAAUCCAGAAGUCUUUAUUCUCAAUAAUCUGAUGAUGUGCGUCGAUUUUUUUCAGAACUAUGAAGAAGAAAUUUUGGAAAUGAGAAAAACUCUAGUAUCGCCAAAUGAAACAGCUUUAAAUAAACGAAUACUGCCGCAAAAACGAGUUUUACUACCUGACAUUCUGCAAGAGAAAAUCGUUAAAAAUGUCACAUUUAUAUCUAGACGAGAAACUGUCGAUCCAACAAUAGAACCUCUUCAACCCGUUCGUAUGUUUGUUGUUUAUGAGAAUAUUGAAGUCUCUGAUCAACAUGACUCAUCUCAUUACAGUCCAAUGAACGAUAUAAUUACCUAUAAUAUGCGUCUAAAACCUAGCAAACACAAAGGUUACGUGCACCUUGAACGAAUAGGAGUUACUCCAUCAAAAAGAAAAUCAACCGUGGAAGAAGUAGAUUUAUCUUCAAUAGCAGAAAAUGGAGAUGAAUGUUACAGUGACAGUGAAACAUUUUAUUCAACGUCAAAAAAUUUAAAUUCCCAUAUGAGUAGAAAUUUGUCAAAAAAUUUCUAUCAACAAAUUCAAUUGAAAACAACAAAAUCCACGCCAAAUUUAAUUGAUGAGUCAGAUGAAGUUUUUGAGAGGGUUCCAAAUAAAACUGAACUUGAAAAAUUUCAUGACAAUGAAGAAGAUACCGAUUAUGGUUUUGUAGAUGAUUCUGGAUCAUCUCAGGAUCAAAGAAGAAUCAAUAGAGAACCAAGAAGACAAAGACGUGGUUUUAAUAGAAAUUCACAAUAUCCACCAAUUAAAACACGAUCAGUUAGCGCGAGUCCAGCAAGUAGUACAAGUUCUGGUUAUAAAUCUGGUAAUUACGAUACCGAUAGUGAAUAUUAUUGCAGUGGUUUUAAUAAAUCAAAACUUCCAUUGGAUGCUGCUGAAAUACCGGAUUCGUGUUUUUCCCCAGUGACAAAAACAGUGGAAGGAAGAAUUUAUGAUCCAUUGGAGAAUAAAAUGAAGCGUACAAUAAGUAGCAAAGAACGUCAAGUGCAAGUCGAACGAAAUCGACAGAAUUACGAUGUAUGGUAUUUAAAUAGUACAAAAUUUCGUAAACGUUUUUAUAAUGUCUUCAUUGAGAGUCUUGCUCCUUUACUUGGCUUAGAAGAAGUAAUUAGAUUUCGUCGGCCACUUUUUUUUGGAUCAAUUGUCUAUUGUGAUAAAGUUGAAAUCAGUCCAGCAAUCAAGUGUAAUAUUAGUGAAUCAUAUGAAAUUAUUCCCUGUAUUUGGACUCAAUGGCCAGAGUGCGCUAACGAUUGGUUAGAACGAGCAAGACAUUCAUGGCCAAAUUAUGAAAUGAUUCACCAUAUUAGAAAAUUUGGUUGUUACAUUAUUCCCCAGGAGUUUCGCAGCAAGGACGAUCAGUUAAGUUCAAAGACUGAAUGGCAACUUGCAUUCCCGGCUGCCGAGAGAUAUUUGGAGACUUGCAUGAGUCAUGCACAGAUGAGAGUUUACAUUAUUGCUCUAAUGUUGCACAAGACAUUCAUUAGAGCCGUUGAAUCUGCGCCUGAUCGUCUCAAUGCUCAUCAAAUUCGAAAUCAACUUUUUUGGCUGAUUGAACAUUCGUUGCAAGAGUGGUCGGAGAACAAGACAGGCGAUUAUUUGUUGAAGCUUCUUCAGUGUUUGUGUAAAUGUAUCAAUCAAGACGAGGCAUUUCUCAAGGAUUAUUUUUUAGAAGAGAAAAAUCUUUUUAAAAAUUCGGAAAAAGGAUCAUUAUUUUUUUCGCUUAAACAAUUGAAAAGAAUUUUGGAAAAUCCCGUGAUGUACGUAUUACACGCGUUGGAAAAUAUUCGUUAUGAAUCUGAUUUUUUUCCAAAAUUAAAUUAUGAAGAACUCUUGAGAAUAUUAACAACGGAAGAAUUAUUGCUGAUAAAUCCAAAUCUACAGAGGGAUAGUGCCAAGCAUGUAGUGCAACAAAAUUUUAUGGAAGACGAAUACAGUGUUCGACGAGGAUUUUGGGAUGAUGCGAAGAAAAAUAAGGAUCACUUUACAAAUUUUCAUCGACAACCUGUGACCAAUAAAACGUUAAUUAAUCCGAGCAGAGCUCAUGACGCAGUUGUUGAUAUCGCGAUACGCUGCGGAGAAUUGAAAGGCAUCCGAUUGAGUAAACUAUUGAAUUUCUUUAUUGAACAUCUCAUUAAAAUGAGUGAAAAAUAUCAUGAGCGCGGAGCUGUUCAACAAAAAACUAUUUACCUUCAACACGCAAUGAGUUUGUGUAUAUUACUCGCCGAAGAUGAAAUGUUCCAGGAAGAUGCUCGUUCGCAAAUUCGUGAAAUUGUUUCUCUACAGAAACUAAUCACUCGAUCUCAUUCACGGGACGUGCCACCGGAAACACCCAAAAGAAAUGAAGAGUCACCAAGUUUCACGUCCUCUUUGAGGAGUAAUAAUAAUAAUCCUUCAACUAGCUCAUCAAUUUCGUCUCCAAUUGCGAAAGCAAAUUCACAUUCUCAAGAAUCAUUUGAGUCAAGUAAAAAAAAGUCCGAUUCCUCACUAUUCUCACAAUCAUUGAAUGCUCGAUUCUCCUCAUUUUCAAAUCAAACUUCAACAGACGCGAGUAGUUCUCAAAGCAGUUCACCACCGAUGAAGAAAAAGUCCGAUCCCCCAGCUUAUCUACGACCAUUACAAGAUUGUUCUUCAAACACUUCCUUUGAUAAUAAUACAUCGACAAAAGACGAUGUUCUUGAUCAAAGUAGUAUUCCUGAUCUAGUUUUGGAAGAAGAGAAGAAAAUUAAUGUUCUCAGUCAAAGCAGUAUUCCAGUCUCGAAAGAAAAGAAUAAAAGUGAUGAUCCUAGCCAAAGUAAUAUUCCUGAUCAAGUUCAUUUAUCAGAAAAAAAGAAAACUAGUGUUCAUCUUCAAAUCUCCGAAGAAAAAAAGGAGAAUGAAACUGUCAGUCUAGUUAGUAGUUCUAAAAAUUCAAAAAAAUUGAGUGUAAAAGAUAAAAUUAAAAUUUAUUCAAACCUAGAAGAAGUUAUUUCAGAAGCAAAAAAGAGAGUUUCUGAUCCAGUUUCGGAAGAAAUAAAUAAAAAGGAGAAUGAAACUAUCAGUCAAGAUAGUAGUUCCAUCAAUUCGAAAAGAUUGAGUGUAAAAGAUAGAAUUAAAAUUUAUUCAGACCCAAAAGAAGAAUUUUCCGAAGCAGAAAAGAAAGUUUCACAAGAGUCUAGAGUCAUUUCACUAACAGAUGAAAAUAAUGACUCUUCUGACGAUACGUACAUUUAGUUAAUUUUUUUUUUUUAAAUAUAACUUUUUUGUAAAUUUGAAUUGAUUUUGAACUUUCAUAAUCUUUCAGUGUUCUUGUGAUAAGGCAAAUUAAAAGCCAAAUAACGAAUGUGUGACAAGUUUUUGUGUGUAAGAGUUUUAAAACAAGACGAAUGAUUUAAUUUAUAAAUUAACUGCUAACAAAACCAA